AUGAAAAUUGUUGCAGAAAGAACUCUUUUUUUGAAAAGAAACGCAAGCAACACUGAUAAUCAACAGCGGCAGAUUAUUAAUUUUCGAAAGUUGCCGCAUACAGCUGCAAACUUUCGAGUAGCCGAGCCAAGUUUUGUCGCCUACGUUAUUGGUCAAAUUCUUCCAGGAGGCGAUCAAGAGUUGUGUCCUUGUUGCAAUUCUUCAUAUGACGAUCGUCUUUAUCAAUUUCCUGUCCGAAAAACAUUUUGUGGAGACAAACCCAAUUGGGACGAGUCAAAGCCUCCUUCUGAAGAAGAUCAAAUGAUCAUGGAAAUUACUGGCUGGAGCAAAGAACAACUUUACGCAGGAAUGAAGGAGGUCCAAACAAUGUUGACCUUUCAUUAUUACCUUUUCAUGAUCAUAAGAUGUGCUGGACCGAUGAUCUUUUUGUUUUAUAUCAUGAUACUUCUCAGCCCCUUUUUCUAA